AUGGAACCUAGUGAAAAACUUGAAGAUAUGUCUUUAACAGAUAAAGAUAAAUUUUCCAAAGGUUUAAUGACACUUUUAACACCAAUUAUAGAAGAAAUGGAUUCUAGGGUUGUUGCAGUCAAAUCAAGUCAAUUAGAAUUAAAUAAAGAAAUUGAAAGACUAUUAGCAGAGCUUCAAUUAUUUGUUGAUACAACGGAACAACCUACAAUUCAACCUUCUAUUCAAAAAUUAAUUUCUGCUACAAAAAGACUAGCGACAACAAAUGUAACUUUAAAGACAGUUCAUGAUAGAAUUGACAAAAUGUAUACACAAAUAAAUAAAGGUAAAGAAACCGUAACUAGUUAA